UCUGUCCCAUGCCCCUGAGCUCGGCUCCUGCCCUGCCCCCCAUCCAGGCUCCAGGGGGGCUGUUUCACACAUGGCUUAUCCCACCCCUGUCAUGCCCGUCCCAGUCCCUCCUCCCCUUCAGAUCCGGGCUCCCCUCCCCACGUCCUGUGCCCCAAGCUGAAAGUGAAACCAAGCGUCCUCUGCUCCCAGCCGGCCUGGGGACCUGCUGGCUGGGCUCCCAGCCGACACCCCACACUGAGAUCAGAGCCCACCCCAGUGCCCGACGCUGCACGGCCACAGAGUCCAACAGCUGUCUGGUUCAGAGUUGCCGUGCUGAGAAACGGGGCAGAUUUGCCUUGGACAGGUCCAGUCGAAAUGGCUUCCUGGGGAACAAUCUGCUCUGAGCAUCAGAUGCCGUUACUCUGGUGCUGUGAGAAGGAUAACGCAGAGGUGCAAACUCAAGUGUUCGAGGAUUCUUACCACAUCAGAACCAUCCUGGAGAUGAUGGACACCAAAGACCCCAGCGGGCUGAAUCUUCCACCUUAUCCUCCUGCCUUGUCCCACCUCAUCUCCAAGAACAGACUUCUGGAGCCUUCAAUGAAUGCCGCACCCCAAGUCAGAAGUGGGAAGGGCAAACCUCCCACCCUAACAAAUUAUCCACCACAGCAGCCCACUGGUGUGUAUGACAUGUCAAGAGCCCGGCUGGCCCUGACCCUCUGCGUGCUGAAAGAUCGUCUGGGUGCGGAGAAGGACCUUGAGGCACUGGGGAAGAUGUUUAAAGCUUUAGGGUUUGAGAAUGAGGUGGUCAAGGAUCCGUCAGCAGAGGAUUUUAAGAGGAAGCUGGUGACAUUUCGAGAGGCAAUAGAUGCCAGAAAGGACCUGGUUAGCUGCAGCUUUAUCAUCCUCAUGGCGCAUGGGAACAGUGGAUUUGUCAAGGCGAGUGAUGGACGACACGUGAAGCUGGAGGAGCUCUUCGCAGAGAUGACCAAUGAGACGUGCCGAGCUCUGCGGGGCAAACCCAAGGUGUUUGUGAUCCAGGCCUGCCGGGGGGAUAAGAAAGACAAAGGCGUUCUCGUGAAGGACUCCGAUGUAAGUGACUUCUCUGCCACCAGAUCUUUCUCGACUAGCUCUGUUCGUAACGAUCAGGAUGUCAUGAAGCUGAUCCCGACGCACAGCGACAGCCUCUUCAUCUAUUCAUCCGCCCCAGGGUACGUCUCCUAUCGAAAUAUCCAGAGUGGCACCUGGCUGAUUCAGAGCUUGGUGGAAGUGUUCACCAGAUCUCAAGGUUUGCACAUACUGGAGUUAAUGACCGAGGUGAUUCGAAGGGUUUCAGAAAAAAGCUUCCAGAAAACAAGUGGUGGAAAGAUAGAGAACAGAACAGCAAGUCCAGUUUUCCAGAGCUCAAUGCAGAAAUUGCUCUAUGUGCAGCCAUGUGCUCCAGUGUCUGGAAGUCCUAUUGACCAGCUGUCGCGAGAGAUGGAGAAGCUGUCCUCCGGCAAACUUCCCGGUCUCCCCUCCAAGCACAAUACCAGCCGGACCCUGCUGGGUGAGAUCUGCUGGGAGACACGCUCCAAGGUCGGAUUCGUGUGGCCCCUUUCAAGUGGGGCAGUGGGGGAACAGCCACAUAAAUCCAGCAUGACCCCUCCAACUUCGCCUCUGCCUUUCCCAGGGAAGAAGGAGGAUCUAACCCUGGACCCAGCCACGGCCCAUCCCCUGCUGGAGAUCUCGAAGGACGGGAAGGAGGUGAAAUGUGGGAGUUUCACAAAGACCGUCAGCCCCAGCCGGAGGCGAUUCUACACGGCCAACUGCGUGGUGGCCCGGCAGAGCUUCAGCGCGGGGCGGCACUACUGGGAGGUGUCCGUGGGCCGGAAGAAGCGCUGGAACCUGGGCGUCGUCUCGGAGCGAGCCAAGAGACGGGGCAGAUUGAUUGAGAAGAAAUACUGGUGGUUGCCGUGGUCUGGUGAGGUCUGCGCCGAGGGCUACUGGCUCAUCGGCUACAACCAGGAGAAGCUGGAGAAGCCGUACUGGGCGUUUGACACCAACCCGAUGCCCUUUCGCUGUAACUCCCGACCUCAGAUCAUCAGGGUCUAUCUCGAUUACGCGGGCGGGGAAGUGACCUUCUACAACGCCGAUGACCCCAGUAAUUUGAUCCCCCUGUACACCUUCUACAACGCUGACUUCAGGAGCGCCCCCGUCUACCCCGUCUUCGACCCCUGCUGGCACGACAACGGGGGCAACACCCAGCCCCUUAAAAUCCUGUGACUCGCCAGCUGGCUAUUGGGGUGACCAGCUACAGCUAUUCACACCCUUGGGAUUGGGGCUAAACCAGGGACCUCCGGAUUGUACAGUAUGAGGUUCUUCUGCUCCAAGUGCCAGACGCUGUUACAUGGCCCAGCUGUUAUGCUACAUCCAGACGGGCGGGGGGGAGGGGCAUUGAAAACACAGUGAGCUGAGACAACGAAUGACUUGUCCCCCGCUUUGCUGAGCAGCAGCCAAAUUCAGGGCUUUGCAGGUCAGCUGCCUGAUGGAGGAGAAAUCAGUGACCCAGAGCCUGGGUGUUUUCUUAGUGCACCUUUAUAUUAUACAAGAUACACCAGUCCUGGCACAGAGGUGGGCACAAAUGGCAUGUAGGCAAUCCCUUCUUUCAGAGACCUAACACCAAUGUCUGGUCCCAAGGAGCAACUUUGCCCCCAGAUUGGAGUCUAGUUAGAGAGACAGAGGCAGGAACAAACUCUCCUGCUGCUUGCAACAGCGGCCCCCAGAAAGCCUGCUUCCCUAAACUAACACCACCACAAUUGUGGAAUUCCCAUUAUUGGAGAUUUUUAAGAACAGGUUGGACAAACACCUGCCAGGGAUGGUCUAGGUUUAGUUGGCCCUGCCUCAGUGCAGGGGGCUGGACUUGAUGACCUCUCAGGGUCCCUUCCAGCCCAAUGGUCCUACAUCUCUUCCAAAGACUGAGCACUUGCUCACACACUAAGAAAAAAACAUUUAAGACGUCUUAACAGCAUCAUCUGGUGGCUUCUGCCCUAACAACAUUCAAACUGUUUCCCUGAACUAUUGAGGGUUUUCCCAGCCAGUCCUUCAGAAAACCCUCCCUUCCAAACAUCAUCCUUCUGUAAGUCACCAUUGGGGUAUUUCAUUGUCUCAGCUCUCUGCAUUUUGCCUUGAUCUACACAGAGGGAUCAGUCCUGCUUGGCGUUGUAUCAGCAAACUCAGGGAGACAUGACCAGAGAGCGCUCAACACCACGGUGAUGGGCAUGGGAUAAAAACCAAAACACACUAGAAAAAGAGGAGCUAACAGAUCCUCCCCACCCUUCUGUUGCCCGGCAUUUCUUGCUACAGGACCGGCACCAGACCCCCUAUAACACAGAGACCAGGGCUCGGGUUUUCCAAAGCGACGAGUGAUUUGGGGUGCCCAAAUGGAGAGAGCUGAUUUGCAGUCACUUUCUGAAAUCCCAGCGCCGUAAAUUACUUUUCAAAAUCUUGGCCUCAUUGUGAGCGGGAUCCCAGCCCCCCCAGGAGAGAUCAAACAGCCAUUGUCUCUGUUUAGACUAGUGAAACCCCACUCUGCACCUAAGCCCCCUCUGCCCCACUAACCCGUCCCUGGUAUCAAUCAUAUUAACUUUCUCAGGAGCGUUUUGAUUUGCUAAGGGCUUUAGCACACGCGUGGCUGAGCUUUUACAGGGCUUGUGCUUUUGAUUUCCCCUCAAUGUGAUUUUUAUUUUGCUCAAUAAAAAAAGAUAAAGGAAUUCUCCAUGAUUUCCUAGCGUCCUGAGUCCGGACUUGGUGUCUCCCUCCAGAUCCCAGGGAAUCCAGGACUGGCUGAGUUUC